AGAGUUUGGUCGCAGGGCCGGGACUCCGCGGUCAGCGCCAUGGCUGCCUGUGCUACUGCGCUCGCGCGCUCCCUGCUUGCUGCCCUUCUGGCGCCCGCGCUGGUGGCACUACUGGCGUCGCCGGCCUGGGGUCGCGGAGGCCGGGACCACGGGGACUGGGACGUGGACAGGCGAUUGCCCCCGCUUCCACCCCGCGAAGACGGGCCGCGCGUGGCCCGCUUCGUGACUCACGUCUCGGACUGGGGCUCGCUGGCCACUAUCUCCACGAUCGAGGAGGUGCGCGGCAGGCCCUUCGCGGACAUCGUCUCAAUUAGUGACGGUCCUCCGGGAGAAGGCACAGGCGAGCCCUACAUGUACCUGAGUCCCCUACAGCAAGCAGUGAACGACCUGCAGGAAAAUCCAGAGGCUACGCUGACUAUGUCUUUAGCACAGACUGUCUACUGUAGGAACCAUGGAUUUGAUCCCCAGAGUCCCCUGUGUGUUCAUAUAAUGAUGUCUGGAACUGUGAUCAAGGUAAACGAGACGGAAGAGGGCUACGCAAGGUCUUCGCUAUUCGUUCGCCACCCUGAGAUGAAGCAUUGGCCUUCCAGCCACAAGUGGUUCUUUGCUAAGUUAAAAAUAAGCAAUAUCUGGGUUUUGGAUUACUUUGGUGGACCUAAAGUAGUGACACCCGAAGAGUAUUUUAACGUCACACUGCAAGACAAGGAGACAGGCCCCCUUUUCAACAAGCAGGGACUUCCUCCAAGUCCCGAGGGAACGGCGGCUUUUGUCUAAACAGCGGCUUUCCAACCUUGGGAAAAGGUGAAGCGAAUAUGGUGAACUGAAUCACACCAGCGAAGAGUCUUCGAAGGCUCGUGCAGACUUAAAGGGCUUGGCCCUGCCUGGGACUUUCCCAGGCUGUCAGUCCACUCUGCCAGCUCUUGUUUCGAUUUUGUUUGCUUGUGUUAACAGAGUGCUGUCCGUCAGAAGAUAUGGUUGCUGAAUUUUUAAAAAAAAAGUAUUUUGAAGCCAUUUUCCGAGAAAAACGCCCUUCAUUAUAACCAAGGAAGUUUUCUUUCAGCCAUUCCCGGUGGCUUUUCCUCAGAGGUGCCCACAGAAGGGCAACACAGACCAGCUGUAGAUUGCCCAUUGGCACUGGAGGUAUAGAGGCACAGGUGCUUUAUGCCUGAUAGCCACAGUGCCUGAAGGGCGCAGUCCCCAUGCAGCUGCCUCAGGAGCCUGUCAGGGGCCUAGAGUGGGGAGGCCUGGGCAGUGGAGGGCAGCAAUGGUCACACAGGGGUCUUCCCACUCAUAUCCGUCUGUAUGGCUAAUCCAGCACAAGGCAAAACUGAGUCCUCUAUAAAACUCCAUAAGCAUCUUACAUCCUAAAGUCAUAGUUACCCAGAACAAAAUAAGAUUUCCCUGGAUCCAUUUUUCCAUCUAAGUAGACUGUAUGUUCAUUUCUCAUCCUUCAAAACACACACACACACAAACACACACACACACACACACAAACACAUGAGCUGGGGUGUGGCUUUCUUGGUAGACCAAUUGUCUAACAUCAAUGAAACCGUAGGUCUCUUCCCCAGCAUUGAAACCAAAAACAACCAAAAGUAACGUUUUUAUUUGCAUGAAAAAGGAAUUGCAAAAUUUUUUGCAUAUGUUGGCUUCUUCUUUUGUAAGACUUGACCCAGCGCCAACCAUAAUCCCCACCCUCCUCAGGGAUUCUGUAUCUCCGGGCUUCUGUGUGGGAGAUAACAUGGUUCCAGGGCAUAAAAACAAACUACUACAACAACAACAAAACAUGUUUCUGGCCUAGAGGGAUGGCUCAGCAUUGAAGAAGAUCGACUGCUCAAGCAGAGGACCCAAGUUCAGUUCCCAGCACUGGAGUCACACAGGGACAACGCCCAUAACUCCAGCUCCAGGAAAGCAAAUACCUCCAGCCUCUGAGGUCUCCCGCACUCAAGUGCCUGCACAAGCACAGACACAUAAUGUGAAACAAUGCAUCUUUUUUUUUUUU